AUGCCGACCUAUGCCGAUCUGUAUAACGAACGGCUUCGCGCGCUCGGCCAAUCCGGGCCUUCCAAUCUGGUCCGCCUGACCAUCUCCAAGGGCGACUAUGUCUGGGAUCCACAACAGGACCGUUUCCGCUACGAGGAGAAGUGGGAAGAGGAACAGCUCAUGGAAGCCGAAGAACUGCACGAUGACGAUCACCUGACCGCCUCUCUUCACUCCGUAGCAUCCGACAGCCGCGACUCCUCGCCUGGUCCGAUCGCUGCGCUCCAGCCGACGGCCGUCUUGACCACUUUUGCAGCCGUGGCGCACUCGCCGUCGUUGUGGGUGCUCGAUACCAACACGCUCAUGUCGUGUCUCGAACUGCUCAAGGCGCUCUUUGCUGCUCUGCUCACCCGCAACGUCGCCAGCGCCGCAGCUGCAGGCUCUCAACAGACCCACCUGGCCCCGUCUCCGAUCAAGCUGGUCAUUCCUUUUGUCGUCGUAUCCGAGCUGGACGGCCUCAAGCUCACUCGGCGCAAGGACGACUCGGGACGUCAAGUGGCAUCGCAGGCGCGCGAUGCCAACCACUGGCUCCUAACUGCCGUUCAAAAACAGAAACGUGUCCCCAUCGAUGCCUCGGGCUCCAACCUCCCGGAACAGCUCUGGCCUCUCUUCCUUCAAACCUCGUCCCACUACAAUCGCUCCAAGCAAUCGCGCUCACAAGGCUCGCGCUGGACAUUCGACGACCCGUUGUCCUGCGACGAUCAGAUCGUCAAGUACUGCGCUGAGCUCAAGCACCAGACGCAUUCCAGCGUCUUCUUCUGCUCGGACGAUAUCAAUGCGCGCACCAAGGCAGAGUCGGAGUCGAUUGACUCGCUCGGCAUGCGCGAGCUCGCCCAUGCGCUCAGGACUGGUUUCGCGGGCGUACAGAGCUCCGAACGCAAGUGGGAGCUGGUUGCAGAGGCUCUCAUCGAGCAGUGGGAGUAUCAGAUCGGUUCGGCGCCCGCUCAGCCUUUGCCUCAGCACAGCCAGCCGGCGUUCGCGCAGGAAGGACAGUUCAAUUCAUCUAGCGCACCCUCGCUUCAGCCAGGUAACAUUGCGCAUUUCGCAGAUGUGGAAUCAUUCGAGGUGGACAUGGAUACCGAAGAGCCAUUGCUUCAUUCCACCGAAGCGCACGUAUACCCGGGUGGAGCGGCUAUGUCCACUCCGCCUACCGCUAGUGCACCACCGCGCUUCUCGAGCUUGGCACAUUCUCCAGGUCGCAGCACCAGCGACAGCAUCCACAGUCCGCACAACAAAACGCGUCCAGAGAGAACCAUGGCGGCUCGUGCCCGUCAGCAGGACGCAGCUGUGCCAGCCACGUCCACACGUGAGCCGGCUCAAGCUGACAAUUCGGAAGCGCUCAACCCGCAAAUCAGUUGGGAGGAUCUCGUGCAGCAGCUUGGCUCGGGCUCGCGCGAAGCUGCCAAGCCCCGCAACACUAGACGACUCAGUCGGUCCGGAGGCCUGUGCAAGAUGGCUAGGCAACCAGCAAAGCGGCGUCGUGUGGCGCCGACGCAAGACCUUGACGUCGAAGGUGACGAGGACUGGCAGAGCGACGAGAUCUCCUCGCUUCCCGCCAGCGACGAUGACGACUUGUCUUCUGCGUCCGGUUCAGGGUCCGACUCGGACUCGGGCUCUGCAUCCGGUUCGGACGACGAGCGCAACGAGGACGACGACGACGAAGACGACGUGAUCGACAUGCUCAAAGACCCUAAACCUCGCAGCGCCAAGGGAAAAGCCAAAGCCAAUGACACCGUCAAACCAGACGUGGAAGUUGUCAUCCCGAUCGUCAACGGCGACGCGCCUAACGAGCCGCUGAAGCGCAAACGCGGGCGGCCACGCAAGGAGCCCAAAGAGCCCGAGGUCAAGGUGCCCAAGAAGCGUGGACGUCCACGCAAGUAUGCGCCCGGCGAGAAGCGCCCUCGUCGGUCGCGCCGUAAGCUCAACCCGGACGGAUCGUUCAAGAAGCGCGGCCGGCCGAAGAAGGUGGUGGACCCAGACGCGGUGAUGAUGAAAGUGCCCAAGCGACGCGGUCGCCCACCCAAGCAGCUGGCAGAGGGCGAGGAGGUCAAGCCGCGGCGCAAGGGCGCUGCCAGUGGCACGAGCACGCGCAAGGUGAAGCGCGAAUUCGACCUGCUCGCCGGCCUCGACCUCGACCUGGAAGACGACAGCGCAGGCAUCAUCCCCGGCGUGGGCCGUAAUGACGAUGACGCAUGGGAGGACGAGACGGAAUCGCCCCGAACGCAGGACGAUCUCCUGGCCAAGUUGAGAAGACGCAUCCUGUACCGCCAGAAAGACGCGGAGCUGCAGGACUUUAUCGACAGUCUAGGGCCCGAUGGCGAGCCGAUAGCUGCUUCGGCGCGCACGAAGGAAGCUGCUCCUCCCACAGCAGACGAGGCGCAAGAUAGCGUGCUACUCAACGAGGGCGAGCGGCCAGGCCUGCCCCUGCUAAAGACGAUUGUGGCGCCCAGUGUGCCGUCUUCCGAAAAGCGCAAGGAGCGGCAGCCGUUUGAGCCUGGUGCACCAGCCGAUACGCCGACGGACGGUGCCAUGUCGGCGCUCGCAGACGCUGCUGCCUCCGUCGCUGCCGAGACGGAAGAGCAGCAGCCGCGCCAGCCCAAGCCCAAGGGCCGACCACCGGGGUCCAAGAACCGGCGGCCGGACUUCGAGAACAAUCCGCUCAUCAACGCCGCACGUUCCUCCACAACGCGCAGCGCCAUGGCGACGCCCGAUCACGGAAGCUCGCUUUCGCUGUACCCCUCGGCCAGCACAUCGACUGCGGCGGCGGGAGGGAGCACGUCGAGUCUGGUGAAGCCGACGUCGUCGGAUGCGUAUUUCCUGUUCAACACGUCGAAGCGCGCACGCGGGCUGGCAGGCAUGGGCAUCGGCACAUCUGGCACGCUCAUCUCGUCCAAGCUGCGAGCGCUGGAUGCGCGGCGUCUCGAGGGCGUAGUCGAGGCGCAGACGCGAGAGGGCAGCCUGGCCGACAUUGCCUCGCGCAUGUACCGCCAUCUUCUACCCGUGUACUUUGCACAGCUGCUCGCUGGAUACGCCAUCAUCUUCCACGGCGUCGGCAGCAAGACGCAGCUGCUGACUGAGCUGGUCAAGCGACGCAUCGAGGCCGAGGGCGACGCGAUGGGCGUCGUGGCCCAGGGCGCAAUCAAGGGGUUCAAGGUGGAAGACCUGCUGGCCGAGAUCGAAUCCGCCCUUUCGCUCGGGCCGCUCACCCUGGCAACUCAGGCAGCCGAGGGAGAUGAAGGCGUCGUGGUGGUUUCUACGCUUACCGCAGCAAGGGCGGAGAGAAUCGUAAGGCGGUUCAACGGGACCGCGGCGGGGGGGCCGAGCAGGUUGUUCCUGAUCCUCGAGACGUUUGAUGCGCCAGGCAUGCAGUCGAUCCGCUUCAAGAGCGUGCUUGAGAUCCUGGCGCGAUCGUCGCACAUCCACAUCAUGGCCACCACGGAGCACAUCAAUUCUGGCUUUGUUGCCUCGAGUGCACAACAGGCGGCCGCGGGGGAUCGCACCGACGAAGAUCGCACCGCCAGGCUGCGGUGGAUCUGGCAGAACAUGUCGACGUUCAUCCUGAGCCUGGACGAGAUGCUCAUGAUGCGUUCCAACCCGGCAUUCGCGACGUGGAUGCCUGUGCUGCCUCCUGCGCUCGACUUGAUCGGAUCCUCGGCGUCGUUUGCGGCUGGUACAUCGGCGACAGGCACGGGCGCACAGGAGGGAACGGGCACUGCGUACUUUAACGGCCUCCAAGUCAGCGAGGCGUUCCGAACCGUCUCCGAGACUUCGGCCAUCUCGAUCCUCAAGUCGGUCACUACCAAGGCACGCGCGCUGUUCAACUUGCUAGCCAAGCAGUGUCUCUCGAGUGCGGCCGAGGGAAGCGAGGUGCAGGGCGUUGGCGGGGUGGCGUAUGCCGAGCUGCUCAACAAGGCCAAGCGCUCGUUCCUUGCGUCCAACGAGGCCGACUUCAAAUCGCUGCUGAUCGAGUUCAAGGACCACCACCUGUGCCACAUCAACAAGCAGGGCACCAUCUCGAUCGGCCUUGCGGACGCGGGCGUGCUCCAGCAGGUGCUGGACAAACUCAAGUCGAUCUAG